AUGUCAGACCCUAAAUUAACAAAAGCAGUCGAUGAGAUAUGCAAUCAAUUUGUUAUUGGCAAGUCAAAGAUUGCCCAGUUGACUCAAUAUUUCAUCGAAUGCAUGGAGAAGGGUUUAGAGCCAAUCGAGGAUGAUAUCAGUACCGACAAAGGUUUGCCUAUGAUUCCAACCUUUGUGACAGACAAGCCUACUGGACAAGAGCGUGGUACCAUUAUGCUAGCAGCUGAUUUAGGCGGUACCAAUUUCAGGGUUUGUUCUGUAGAAUUACUCGGUGACCAUGAGUUCAAGAUUGAACAAGAGAAGUCAAAAAUUCCUUCGUCCUUCUUGCAGAACGAUCCUCAUAUCACUAGCAAAGACUUGUUCCAACAUUUGGCAUUAGUCACACACCAGUUCUUAAACAAGUACCACAAGGACCAGGUUCAAAACUACAAAUGGAAGAUGGGGUUCACGUUUUCUUACCCAGUCGACCAAACCUCAUUGAAAAGUGGUAACUUGAUCAGGUGGACCAAGGGUUUCCAAAUUAGUGACACGGUCGGCAAAGAUGUCGUUCAAUUAUUCCAACAAGAGUUGAAUGACAUCGGGUUGUCAAACGUCCAUGUAGUUGCUCUAACAAAUGAUACCACAGGAACAUUGUUGGCACAUUGUUAUACGUCUAGUGAUGAAGCAAGAGCAAUUAGUGAGCCUGUUAUCGGGUGCAUUUUUGGUACAGGUACGAAUGGUUGUUACAUGGAAAAACUUGACAACAUCCACAAGCUUGAUCCCAAAAUCAGAGAAGAAUUAAAGGCGAAGGGUAAGACUCAUAUGUGCAUUAACACUGAAUGGGGUUCAUUUGAUAAUGAGCUUCGUCAUUUGCCUACAACGGAGUACGAUAUCGAAAUCGACAAAAAAUACUCAGCAAACCCGGGAUAUCAUUUGUUCGAAAAGAGAGUUAGUGGUCUAUACUUGGGGGAAUUGUUGAGAAAUAUUUUAUUAGACAUGGAAAAGAAAUCAUUAAUUGAUCUGAAGGAUUCUAAGCUCAGCAAAGAACCAUUCUCUUUGACUACAGAAACCCUUUCUGACAUUGAAGUGGACACGUUUGAAGACGGUUUACCUACGACUAAGGAUGCUCUUUCUAAAGCAAUUAACUGGGAUACAACUUUCGAACAACGUGUAGUUGUCCAGAAAAUUGUGAGAGCAAUCUCCAGAAGAGCGGCAUACUUGUCUGCUGUUCCAAUUGCCGCCAUUUUGAUCAAGACAAAUGCUUUAAAUAAAGCUUACCAUUCACAAGUGGAAGUCGGUUGCGACGGCAGUGUUGUCGAGUAUUACCCAGGGUUCAGAUCCAUGAUGAGACAUGCAUUAGCGCUAUCUCCAAUUGGUGCAGAAGGUGAACGUGAUGUUCAUAUCCGCAUUGCGAAGGACGGUUCAGGUGUCGGUGCUGCCUUAUGUGCUUUAACAGCCGACUACUGA